AAUCGCUUAGGAGCGCACGGGACCCCCGGGAGUAGCGUUGGGGCUACGGAGCAGCUACAGCGCGGGAGUUAACGCGGCGGAGCCAUGGUCAGCCAGCUGAGCGAGGGGGCCAUUGCGGCCAUAAUGCAACAGGGAGAUAUGUCCAUAAAACCUGUCCUCCAAGUCAUCAACAUCCGUCCCAUUACUACAGGGAAUAGUCCACCCCGUUAUCGACUGCUGAUGAGUGAUGGAGUGAACACUCUAUCCUCUUUCAUGUUGGCAACACAACUGAACUCUCUUGUUGAGGAAGAACAAUUGUCCAGCAACUGUAUUUGCCAGAUUAACCGAUUUAUUGUGAACAUGCUGAAAGAUGGAAGGAGAGUAGUUAUUUUGAUGGAGUUAGAAGUUUUGAAAUCAGCAGAAGCAGUUGGAUUAAAGAUUGGCAAUCCAGUGCCCUACAAUGAAGGCCACGGGCAGCAGCAGGUAGUCCCUACUCCAGCCUCAGCAGCCAGUCCACCAACCAGCAAACCCCAGCAACAGAAUGGGAGUUCAGGAAUGGGUUCCACUGUAUCUAAGGCUUUUGGUGCCCCAAAGACAUUUGGAAAAGCUGGAGGCACCAGCCUGGUGAACACUGCUGGGGGAACACAGUCCAAAGUGGUACCCAUUGCCAGCCUCACCCCUUACCAGUCCAAGUGGACGAUUUGUGCUCGUGUUACCAACAAAAGUCAGAUCCGUACCUGGAGCAAUUCUCGAGGGGAAGGAAAGCUUUUCUCUAUAGAACUGGUUGAUGAAAGUGGUGAAAUCCGAGCUACUGCUUUCAACGAGCAAGUGGACAAGUUCUUUCCCCUUAUUGAGGUGAACAAGGUCUAUUAUUUCUCGAAAGGCACCCUGAAGAUUGCUAACAAACAAUUCACAGCUGUUAAAAAUGACUAUGAGAUGACCUUCAAUAAUGAGACUUCUGUGAUACCCUGUGAAGAUGGUCAUCAUUUACCUACAGUUCAGUUUGAUUUCACAGGGAUUGAUGACCUAGAGAACAAGUCCAAAGACUCACUUGUAGACAUAAUUGGGAUCUGCAAGAGCUAUGAAGAUGCCACAAAAAUUAUAGUGAAGUCUAACAACAGAGAAGUUUCUAAGAGAAAUAUCUAUUUGAUGGACAUGUCAGGGAAGGUGGUGUCUGCUACUCUGUGGGGAGAAGAUGCUGAUAAAUUUGAUGGUACUAGACAGCCAGUGAUGGCUAUCAAAGGAGCCAGAGUUUCUGAUUUUGGUGGACGGAGCCUUUCUGUACUGUCUUCAAGCACCAUCAUUGUGAAUCCUGAUAUCCCAGAGGCCUAUAAGCUUCGUGGAUGGUUUGACUCAGAAGGACAAGCCUUAGAUGGUGUUUCCAUCUCUGACCUAAAGAGUGGAGGAAUAGGAGGGAGUAACACCAACUGGAAAACUUUGUAUGAGGUCAAAUCAGAGAACCUGGGUCAGGGUGACAAGGCGGACUAUUUCAGCUGUGUGGCGACAGUGGUGUAUCUUCGCAAGGAGAACUGCAUGUACCAGGCCUGCCCAACUCAGGACUGCAAUAAGAAAGUGAUUGAUCAACAGAAUGGAUUAUACCGCUGUGAGAAGUGUGACAGAGAAUUUCCCAAUUUCAAGUACCGCAUGAUCCUGUCAGCAAAUAUUGCAGAUUUUCUAGAGAAUCAGUGGGUCACUUGUUUCCAGGAGUCUGCAGAGGCCAUCCUCGGACAAAGCACUGCUUACCUUGGAGAAUUAAAAGAGAAGAAUGAACAGGCAUUUGAGGAGGCUUUUCAGAAUGCCAGCUUUCGAUCUUUUACAUUCAGGAUCAGGGUCAAACUAGAGACCUACAAUGAUGAGUCCCGAAUUAAGGCGUCUGCGGUGGAUGUGAAGCCUGUGGACUACAGAGAGUAUGGCAGAAGGUUGAUUAUGAACAUCAGGAAGAACGCCAUGCAGUAACAUGAGGAGAGCAGUGCUGAUUGGGCCGAAGUUUGAAAAUAAAGAGCUGAAAUGAAAUUGAUUUCUUCCCACCCCCUGCGUGACAUUUCCACACUAGCUACCCAGUGCAGAGAGCCCCUUUAUGGUGGACUAAGCAGUUUCCUCUUUUAUGUGCAUCUUGGAACCCAUCCAUGGGCAGAGGAAAGUACGCUUAUAUGGCUGUGGCCUGAAACCAUGUCAGACCUAGGAGUCAGUCAGCAGGUGACUGUAGUACCGGUCACUCCCAGGCUUUUAUCAAUUUUAUUAAGAUUUCAUUAUCUUUAAGCAGGAAUUAUGUCACAAGUAAUUGACCCCAAGUCUGCAGACAGUGAAAUAAAUUAUGUAACUAGGGUUUUACUUCUCCAGUGGUGACACCUUCGCAACUUGGCUUUCUUCUUGGGGAGAGAGCUGAGAAGUGGUUUCGUGGAACCUGGAUAGCUCAGUAAGUGUAUCUUCCUAGAAUUCAAAGGAUCUCUCUUUCUAGAGGUGCCACAUACUUGUUAAUGCUUGGUAUGGCAAUACAGUAGAAUUAUUAAUCAAAGACAUAUCUCUUAUAUCUGAAGAAUAUCCUUCCUUCGGGGUUUAAUAGGCUGAGUCAGAUGGGUCUGAUAUUAAUCAAAAUUGCCUCUUCUGAGGAAGGCUGAUAAGCAUUGACUUGCUGUCCCCGAGGGAAAUCCAGGCAACUACAAAGCAUUGCUUUAGUUUUCAAUUAAGGUUGCAUUUUGGGUUGGUGAAGACAGUUUUUCUACCUGUAUAUAUUUCUUGCAUUUGUGUGUUUCAUUUCUUGAUUAAAGCUAUGUUAAAUAGAAAGGAUUUUGAAGGGAGAAGCCCUUUGUUUCCCUUGCUUUGUUUUAAUAAACAGUAUAUUCUGUG